AUGGCGGAUCAUAAUAACUUUAUACAAAAGGCCAAACAAAACCAACGGCAAUUGCUGCUUGGAUCAAAGGGUUUAUCUGAUGAAUUAUCAAAAUCAGUGGCAUUCUUGUUGGAGAAUAGCGAUAGUGAAUUAUGCAACAAGUAUUCGACUAUAACUCAACUUGACGGGAAAAUAAACGAUCAGCUAAGAGAUACAUUUGAUGAAUUUAGUAACUUGCUUACAGAGAAGGAAGAUCUCUCCAAGCUUAUUAACAAAAUGUUGCAGAAUUUAAAUAUCUUCGAAAGUUUCAACAAGCUACAGGGCCGCAUAGAAUCCAUAGACCAAGACUUGAGGAUAUUAGAGAAAACAUUGAGUUUAGUUCAAGAACGAAAUACGAAUGAGAGCAGUCUAGACAUGUAG